AAUAAAAAAAAAAUAAAGAGAGCAGAGAGAAUUUUGUGAACUUGAAAUUUUCAUCGUGGCUUAAAUUGAAUCAAUUGAGUCUUUUUUAAAGUUGCCAAGCUUGGAUCUGGUUGGUUCCUGUGCAGAAAAUGUCACUUGUACGUGUCUUCCUCUAUGGCACACUGAAACGCGGGCAACCCAACUACUACUGGCUGACGAACAAGGAGAAUGGUUACGCAAAGUUCGUGUGCGAAGCUGUCACGCUGGAGAAAUUUCCGCUUGUCGUUACCACGAGCUUCAAUAUCCCCUUUUUGCUAAAUGUUCCCGGCAUGGGGCAUCAAGUCAAGGGCGAGGUGUACGAAAUUGAUGAAAAAAUGUUGAAAAACUUGGAUGUCUUGGAGGAUUAUCCAACUUGUUAUGAGAGAGAAAAGAAAUCUCUUGUAAGAGUUGGAGACGAAAAGGCUGGAGAAAAAUUUGAAGGAGUUUUGUAUUACUUGAAAGAUACUCCGAAAAAAUUUUUAGAGUUGGAAUUCCUUGAGGAGUACAAAGAUGAUCCAAAGAGACCUUAUCAACCAAAUGAAAUUAACGACUUCAAUUAUGACGAUUUGUUGAAAGAAGCUUCGUGAAAUUAAAGUUUGAAGUUGUUUUUAAAUAAAAAAUGAGUUAAACUUAAUUAA